GGAUCAGUCGACUCCCACUCCCAGUCGACUAAUACACCGGACUUCAGUUCCUCUCUAAGUGCCUCCUCCACUCUUUCUAUGAACACCGAGCCAUGAAAUUCAAAUCGGAUAAAUCCCAUUGAACGAUCAAAUAUCAAUGUUCAAUCCAUUUUGUGGCACUCCUAUGGAGUUUUAAAAGUUUUAUUGAAUAAUUUGAUAUUAAUAAAGAGAACGGUGCAUUCUUCUUCUUGGCCAGAUACUGUUGCGCCUAAUACUUCGGUAGUUAAAAACAAAAUAAAACGUAACCCAUUUCAAGCCACGACUCAUCUCCGACCUUCUCUCUCAUCUCCGACCCAGCACUUCCGCCCACCGGCCGAGCACACAAUCGGCGGUCCCUCUAGAGAUCUCCAGAGUUGUCAUCAAUAUUUUUGAUGUAAGAACUGGAAAGGUUAUGAGAGAUUUCAAGGGCACAACCGAUGAGUUUGCAAUUGCAGGAAGCGGUGGUGUGUCAGGGGUAUCUUGGCCUGUUUUCAAAUGGGGUGGUGGAAAAGAAGAUAAAUAUUUUGCAAGGCUGGGGAAAAAUCUGAUCUCUGUUUAUGAGACAGAAAACUUCUUUCUUCUUGAUAAGAAAUCCUUGAAGGUCGAGAAUGUGAUGGAUUUCAGUUGGUCUCCUACUGAUCCAAUUCUUGCCCUGUUUGUUCCUGAAUUAGGGGGUGGCAAUGAACCUGCAAGAGUGAGUCUAGAUUUUCUCUUUGCUGACUCAGGAAGAAAUUGUGUCCAUACAAGGUUCUUAGCAUGAGGAGACUUGGAGGAGCUGGGGCUGUUGUUCCUCUCAUCACAGAUGGUCAGGCUGAAGUAUGCUCUUGUUAAAUCCCAAUACUUAUAAGUAAUUGCUUCAUAACAAAUGAUAAUACCUUUUUUUUUUUUGUUUUGAUUGAUGAGAUGAUCUGAAUAACAUUAGGUGAUGAGAACCUCUGUGAUCAUGGAGUUAAUAUAAUGUUAUCCCUAACAAGUACACGGGAUAUGAGUGAGUGUUUAUACAUUUUUAGUUUAUUAACUUUUGAGUUAGUUUGAUCUAAUUUCUUGACUCUGUUGGGUGAAAGGACCAUGCUUUCCGAUGUGCAAGGUAUGAAAAUGAACCAUUUCAUUGUGUCACUCAUUUGCUAAAUGCUUUGGCUGUUUGGAUAUAUGCUUUUUCUACAGUAUUAUUUACCUAAAAUACCACAAAUUCUAUGGACUUACUUCAAGUUCCUUGCUUAGAAUAUUUAUUGUUUUUUGAGGCAUCUAUAUUGUGGUUAUGGUAUGUGUAGAAGUAACUUUAAAAAUUUUGGUACACUCUGCCCAGCUAUGUUCUAACAUAAAUAAAGGGUAGCCAGACCUGCAAAGUUGAUUGCUUAUAUGAUGUCUUUCAUAGUACAAGAAUGAUUUAAGAGGCUCCUAAAAGGAAGAUUUAAUGUAGAUUUAAAAGCUGAAGAAGAAGAACUAAACGUGAGAAACAUUGUUGGCAAGUUAUCUCAAAGUUUUUUUUAGUAUUUAAGAUUUGACUUACUGCCUUACAAU